AUGAGACGACAUCAUGCUUCUCCUUCCAAGGAGAUGAUACGGCGUCGCCUCUUUGAAUCUCCCAAGAAAAUGAGAUUGUUGCCGUCCCAAGUAAAAGGACCGAUCUUGGCCCGGGGUCUCAUUGCAUUCGCCGUCACAUUUUUGGUUGGAGUGCACGUUUACUUGUUCCGAAGUCUAUUUGUCUCCUCUACAACUACCGGUACCACACCGAACGACAAUCAUCGAAUCCUAGAAAAUGGUGGAGCCAUGUUACGGAAAUCCGUCACACAGGAGCAAUGGCCACCCAAAGACCUUCAGUCGCUAGCACCAUUGGAAGCAAAGGACUUGGAACAAUACACGAUACGAAUGAAUACGUGGCGAAGGCCGGAACAGCUUUUGGUCUCAGUUGACCAUCAUGCCUCUUGUAAUGGCGUGGCUCAAAUUCAAGUUAUAUGGUGUGACAAGGAAAACGAACCACCACCAGAACUGUUCAACUACUCCAAGGUCGUCGUUGAGAGACACGAUCAAAAUUCCUUGAAUGAGAGGUUUCGGAUACUAUCACCUGCACCAACCCUUGGAAUCUUGAGUAUUGAUGACGACGCUUUGCGGCCCUGUGAGGCCCUGGAUGAUGGAUUCUUCAAGUGGACUCGACAUCCGGAUCGAAUGAUUGGGUUCGACGCGCGAGUUCAUGUAGAAAAUGAGGAUGGGUCAUGGAAGUAUGGAUACAUGAGUACAAUGGAAAAGAGCAACUCGUACAGUUUAUCUCUGACGCGUUACUGUUUCAUCCACAAGGGUUAUAUGGACAUGUACAUGAAUGCGCUCCCCGCUUCAAUUCUAAACAACAUUGCCGAACACUUCAAUUGCGAAGACAUUGCCAUGAGUUUCAUGAUAUCCUCUCUCACAAAGGGUAGACCAUCGCUUUUAGCAGAUUUGUGGGCCAUUAAAAGUAUGGUCAAGCUGUAUGUGGAAGAAAAGAUUAGUGGUGGCAAGAGCCACAAAUCCCUGCGUGACGAAUGCGUCAACACGUUUGCCGAAAUAAUGGGACUGAAGGAUGGCCCCAACAAGCUCCAACCACAACCAUAUCUUCACAAAAAAGACACAUUAUUCGAGUGUGGCGAUAUUCCAGAUAAAGGUACAUCACAUCCAAAAACGAAGCGGGAAAAAGAUCUUGACGAGCUCAAGGCAAGCUGGCACAGGGUGGGGGGAACCGCAAUGACAAAUGAGAUUAGAAGCUUAAUGUCCAAGACUGGGUUUGCCGCGUAUCAGAGAGGUUUGAUACAGAAGAGUGACAAGUGGAAAGAUCGAUUCCAAUCUGACGUAGACACAUCGGCCAGCAGAUGA